CUUUGGUUUGCUGCUGCUGCGAACGUCAUUCAAUUUCGUCUGCUAAUACCCUUGACUGCACGUACAGUGGCUGGCUGCAGUGCCAGUAAAUCCUUGAUCCCAGAUAUCCGGCGUCUCACGUGCGCGCUUCCGCAGCUUACCGCUACUUUGGACUUGACGGCGUUGUCACGUUGCAACUUGACCAGCAGCAGCUGUGCGGCAUCAUGUUGCUGCGUGCCACUAUUAACAUUUUCAGCAUUUUAUUGCUAUACUCUCUGAUGGGGCGUGGCAGCUGGGCAGCCGAGCUGCGUCGCGAUGAAACGUAUCCACCGCCGGAGCUGCUCAAGGAGUUGGCGCCCGUGCAUGACAGCUGUGUUGGCAAGACGGGAGUCACAGAAGCGGCAAUUAAGGAGUUCAGCGACGGCGAGGUGCACGAGGACGAGAAGCUCAAAUGCUAUAUGUACUGUGUGUUUGAUGAGACGGAUGUGCUGCACGAGGAUGGUGAGGUGCAUUUGGAAAAGCUGCUCGACCGACUGCCCGACUCCAUGCACGACAUUGCGGUCAACAUGGGCAAGAAGUGUCUGUACCCCAAGGGCGAUACAAAAUGUGAGCGCGCCUUUUGGCUGCACCGCUGCUGGAAGCAGGCGGAUCCCAAGCAUUACUUUCUCAUCUGAGCGUUGACGAGGGCCGACGGUCGAGGGGUCGAGAAGCCGAGGGGUCGCGGGCCCAGCAACAGAGACACGGACAAGCUGAACCCGGCCAAGGUUUAUGCCGGCUUAUGAUUUAUGUUUAUAUAUUUUAUUCUCCUUAUUAUUCUCUAUAUAUUUCUGUAUAUAUUCCAUUUACAUUUUAGUCAGCAAAUGGCGUUUUGACGAGCAUUCCAAAAAUAUGAGCGAAAAGCUUUGCAAAAAAAAAUAUGAAAAU